AAGAACGUUUGUCGGAAACGGGAAAGAGAUUUUGAGAAAAUUUCCCAAUGCCACACGUGAACGUGACAUCUGAAUGAUAACCAACUCAUUUAGCAACUUCAGCUGUAUCUGGUGGGAAUGAGGCCCAUAGGGGUAGUGAGCUCGCUGUUCACCUACAAAAAUGGAACCCCUCGUCAACCGUCUGUCUGUGACACAGCACGCGGCAGCAUCACCAUCAGUAAAGAUGUCUUUAACACACCUGAGCACUCCUUAGAUGGCAUCCAACAGUACUCCCAUAUUUGGAUAAUCUUUGAGUUCCACAAGAACAACAACCAAUACACCAAGGCCAAGGUGAGACCCCCGCGACUGGAUGGUCGCAGGGUUGGAUUGUUCUCAACCAGGUCACCAUACAGACCAAACCCAAUCGGGCUCACCCUUGCCAAACUGGAAAGUGUCGAAGGUGCUAAGCUACAUAUAUCUGGCAUAGAUAUUUUGGAUGGGUCCCCUGUCUUAGAUAUCAAGCCUUACAUACCCAGCUAUGACUGUCCAGCGAUGUCCUCCACAACGUCGGUCACUCCCACUGUCGCCUCAGGUGACAAUGACCGGCUCUCUGACCUCAGCGAUGACCAAGUCUCGGACACAGAUGCAGAUGUGGGACUCGAGGACCAGGAUUCCCAUAAAUCGGUCGAUGAUGAUCCGAGGACAUCGCUGAAUGAUCAGGAACAAACCCAAACAUGUGAUGAUGGACAGGAACAUUGUUCUGUGGAAACAGGAGGGGCUGUCGGUUGCACGAAAUUGCAAAUGGAUAUUCAGACUGAAUUCGUAAAAGACAAGCAGACAGUGGUGAAUCAGAUUAAAGAAUCUGCAACAGCUUCGUUCACCGAUAAGCCCGCGACAAGUAUUACUACAGAGGUGACCUCAAGUUCUACAAAUCAUGAUAUCAGUUACACAAAAUCUAGUCAAAAUGCAGAACGUAUCGCCAUAGGAACAGCAGAAUGUGAAUCGGAAUCUUCCGUGCCAGUUUGUCCGAUAAAAACGGCAGACUGGGUCAAUAAACCUCCUAUAGAUAAAUUGACCGUGCGAUUUACACUUACUGCAGAACAACAACUCACUAACUUCAGUAAGAGCACAGACGACCUAGAUCACAGGCUCGAGUUUUUAGAAUCGUGUGAGGAAGCCCGUAGUGCCAUAUGUCAGAUAUUGACGGAGGAUCCUAGGUCUGUGUACAGACGUCGGAACUGUUCGGACAGUCUUUAUUUUUUUGCCGUAGAUAAAGUACAUGUGACUUGCUGGUUUGACGAACACAUGGUGGAAGUCGUGAGGAUCAAACCCGUGUCACAAGUGAAACAUUUACAGACUAAUAAAUAAUUAAAUUUU